UGGGAGAACAGAGGUCCAGUCUGUGCAGUAUGGUAAAGAAAGAGCAAACAAAGACAGAGUAUUUGCAAGAUCCCCCAGUAAACCCUUGGCACGGAAAUUAAUGAGUGGGAUGGACUGGGAAGUAGUGAGUAGGAACUCACUGUCUGAUGAUAGGUUGGAAACACAGAGCCUACCAUCACGGUCUCCACCUGGAACCCCAAAUCAUCGCAACUCUGCCUUCACUCAAGAAGGAGCCCGGUUACGACCCUCAUCAGUUGGACAUUUAGUGGACCAUGUAGUUCACACUUCCCCAAGUGAAGUAUUUGUAAAUCACAGAUCUCCAUCUUCCACCCAGGCUAAUAGCAUCAUACUGGAAUCAUCACCAUCUCAAGAGACUCCUAUAGAUGGGCAGCCUCCUGCGUUACCACCCAAACAAUUUAAAAAGAACAGUUGGAACCAGAUUCAUCAUUCACACUCACAGCAAGAACUGGAUAACCAUAUUAAUGAAACAUUUGAUGUUCCUGCAUCACCUGAAAAAUCCACACCCAAUGGUGGUGUCCCCCAUGACAAUCUUGUUAUGAUCAGAAUGAAACCAGAUGAAAAUGGAAGGUUUGGCUUCAAUGUAAAGGGUGGAUACGAUCAGAAGAUGCCUGUAAUAGUGUCCAGGGUAGCUCCAGGAACACCUGCUGAUCUCUGUGUCCCUCGUUUGAAUGAAGGGGACCAGGUUGUACUGAUUAACGGCAGGGAUAUAGCAGAACAUACCCAUGAUCAAGUUGUUAUGUUUAUUAAAGCUAGCUGUGAGAGACACUCAGGGGAACUUGUGCUUCUAGUUCGACCCAAUGCUGUCUAUGAUGUUGUGGAAGAGAAGCUGGAGAGUGAGCCUGACUUCCAGUACAUCCCUGAGAAAUCUCCACUUGAUGGUGUCCAUCAAGACGAUAAUGCUCUGAGGGAAUCCAUGAUUCAGCUAGCAGAGGGGCUUAUCACUGGAACCGUUUUGGCUCAGUUCGAUCAAUUGUAUAGGAAAAAGCCUGGAAUGACAAUGUCUUGUGCCAGAUUACCUCAAAACAUUUCCAAAAAUAGAUACAGAGACAUUUCGCCUUAUGAUGCUACACGGGUUAUUUUAAAGAGUAAUGAAGAUUACAUCAAUGCAAAUUAUAUAAAUAUGGAAAUCCCUUCUUCCACAAUAAUAAACCAGUACAUUGCUUGUCAAGGUCCAUUACCGAACACUUGUCCUGAUUUUUGGCAGAUGACUUGGGAACAAGGCUCAUCUAUGGUUGUAAUGUUAACGACUCAAGUUGAACGGGGCAGAGUUAAAUGCCAUCAGUACUGGCCAGAGCCAUCGGGAAGCUCAUCAUAUGGGAAUUUCCAGAUUACCUGCCAUUCAGAAGAAGGAAAUCCUGCUUAUGUCUUUCGAGAAAUGACAUUGACUAAUCUGGAG